AUCUGCGAUGGAGGCAGAGUUUACUAUGACAACUCUCUGUUUCUAUUUAUAAUCCUCCAGUGCCGACCUAGCCAAUCACAUAACACUUCCUGGUCCAACCCACAGUCUUGCUUCAUUGGUCAUUUAGCAGAGGUCAAUGUGGCUAUUGGUUGUUAAAGAGAUCGGAGAGGAUGAAAGUGGACACUGAUCUUGAGUACUGAAAUGACAAGGACAUAGGGCUUCCAAUAUUGCAAUGGCAGUACCAAGGCUUUUAAAUACAGCCAGGAUGUCCAUCGCAAAGAUCCAUGCACGUGAGAUUCUCGACUCAAGAGGAAACCCCACAGUAGAGGUGGACCUUUUCACACAUAAAGGUCGCUUCCGUGCUGCCGUGCCCAGUGGGGCCUCCACUGGUGUCCACGAGGCUCUGGAGCUGAGAGACGGAGUCAAGGGCCGUUACUUGGGCAAAGGUGUAUUGAAAGCAGUUGACCACAUUAAUAACAACAUCACUCCCAGAUUACUGAAGCAGAAGCUAAAUGUGGUUGAUCAAGAGAAAAUUGAUAAGAUCAUGAUUGAGCUGGAUGGCACAGAAAACAAAUCUAAGUUUGGUGCUAAUGCCCUCCUGGGCAUUUCUCUGGCCGUGUGCAAGGCAGGAGCGGCCGAGAAAGGCGUGCCACUCUACCGCCACAUUGCUGACCUGGCUGGAAACAAAAAGGUCAUUCUACCUGUGCCUGCCUUUAAUGUCAUUAAUGGAGGCUCCCAUGCUGGUAACAAGCUUGCCAUGCAGGAGUUUAUGAUCCUGCCGGUGGGAGCCGAUAACUUCCGGGAGGCCAUGCGUAUUGGUGCAGAGGUCUACCACAACCUGAAGAGUGUCAUCAAGAGCAAAUACGGCAAGGAUGCCACCAAUGUGGGAGAUGAGGGGGGCUUUGCUCCCAACAUUCUAGAGAACAACGAGGCUUUGGAGCUUCUGAAAUCUGCCAUCGAAACGGCUGGCUACACAGACAAGACCAUCAUUGGCAUGGAUGUAGCCGCCUCAGAGUUUUACAAGAAUGGGAAGUAUGACCUGGACUUCAAGUCCCCAGAUGACCCGAAACGCCACAUCACUGGAGAACAACUGGGAGACCUGUACAAAAGCUUCAUCAAGAAGUAUCCAGUCCAGUCCAUUGAGGACCCCUUUGACCAGGAUGACUGGGAGAACUGGGCAGCAUUCACAGGAUCAGUGGACAUCCAGGUGGUCGGGGAUGACCUGACAGUAACCAACCCAAAGCGCAUCCAGCAGGCUGUGGAGAAAAAAGCCUGUAACUGCCUGCUGCUGAAAGUCAACCAGAUUGGCACCGUUACAGAAUCCAUCAAGGCGUGUAAACUGGCUCAGUCCAAUGGCUGGGGUGUAAUGGUCAGCCAUCGCUCAGGGGAGACAGAGGACACAUUCAUCGCUGACCUGGUGGUUGGCUUGUGCACUGGCCAGAUCAAGACUGGUGCUCCCUGUAGGUCAGAACGUCUUGCAAAGUACAACCAGUUAAUGCGCAUUGAAGAGGAACUGGGGGAGGAUGCAGAGUUUGCUGGCAAGCACUUCCGUCAUCCCAAGGUCAUCUGAGGUUGCUCAUUUGCAGACUUGAGGGCUGGUCUUAAAAGUAAUCAAAUUCAGCAGGAAGCCCUUCCCAAAAUGUCUGUGAAUUUAUGUCAUUCUUUAAUUACAAGUGCUUCUGUCAUGAGGCUGUGAAUAUCAAAUAAAAUGGAACAAUUCAAA